AAAUGACAAGGAUGAGAUUUUGGAGGAGAUCCUCUCCAAAUCUGAGAAGAGCUUUGGCCACUCGAGGCAGGUGCAAGAACACUCAAAGUUCAAGCAGUUGCACAAGUACCUUUUUGUCUACACCAAGGGCAAGAAGAACACUGAGGGCACAAGGACAAGCAGCAGUAUGUCAAGCACUGCUGCGGGCAUGAAGGGCAAGGCAAGCCAAAAGAUGGCUUUGGACUUGCUGGGCCGACCAGAGUUGGCCAGUUCUUCUGCAGCUGAGCAUGGCAUGUCUGCGUCUUUGUCUGAUGCCAAGUCUGAGUCAAAGAGCCUGCAAGCUGCGAGGGUUCGCCUCAGCAAGCUGUUGGAGGACUUAAAGCUCCUGACAGCCGAGAUCGCUGGCCUGAAGGAUAACAGCUGGGGCAAAAAGCUAGGAGUUGGAGAACGCUGA